CGAGGCCCCAUAGCAGGAAGCAGGAGAAUUGGAAUUUGCACCUCGGCUGACUGGAGACGGCCCGUGACCACUACACAUGAGUCAGAGCAGAGCCAGCCCCCCUACUCCUGGCCGGCCGCGCCCUGGCGAAGGAAGUUUUUGAGGAGGAGGGGUGUGGGGGGAGGAGAGGGAGUCACCCACGCAUCUGGGGCUGACUCGCUCUUUCGCAAAAUCUCUGGGAGGAGCCCCGGGGCCACAAAACUGUCUCCUUCCCCAGGCCAGACUGAGAGGUGCAGGGAGGCCGCCGACAGGACCUGCUGCCACCAGACAUGGGCCGCCCGCUGCUGCUGUCGCUGCUGCUGCUGCUGUUUCAGACCUGCAUUCCAGCCUCCUGGGGCCUGCAGUGCAUGCUGUGUGGGAGGACCGGGAAGUGCCAGGUGGAAGAGUGUGCCCCGGGCCAGGACCUCUGCAGGACCACGGUCAUGCGCAUGUGGGAAGGUGACGAGCUGGAGGUGGUGGAGAGAGGCUGUGCUCACCCAGAGAAAAGCAACAGGACCAUGAGCUAUCGGACAGGCGUGAAGAUCAUCACUCUUACGGAGGCCGUGUGUGGGUCUGACUUGUGCAACCGACCCAGAGCUGGUCGGCCUCCCACCUUUCCCCGAACCCGAAGCCGUUACCUUGAAUGUGUUUCCUGCGCCUCAUCAGACCUGAGCUGUGAGAGAGGCUGGGUCCAGAGCCUGCAAUGCCGCAGCCCUGGAGAACAGUGCCUGGAGGUGGUGACCCACCGGACCCUGGAGGGCAGUCCAAGGGAUGAGCACCACACCCGCGGCUGUGGCAACCUUCCUGGCUGCCCAGGCCCCACCGGCUUCCACAACAACCACACCUUCCAUUUCCUGCGGUGCUGUAACACCACCAAAUGCAACGGGGGUCCAGUUGUGGAGCUUCAAAACCUGCCUCUGAAUGGCCUCCAGUGUUACAGCUGUGAGGGGAACAGCACCCAUGGAUGUUCCUCGGAAGAGACUUCCCUGACUGCCUGCCGUGGCCCCAUGAGUCAAUGUCUGGAAGCCACUGGCAGUAAUGGCCUGGGCAACCCAAGCUACACAGUGAGAGGCUGUGCAACCCCCUCAUGGUGCCAAAGUCUCCACGUGGCUGAAGCCUUCAGCCUGACCCAUCUCAACGUCUCCUGCUGUUCUGGAAAUGGCUGUAACCAUCCAGUCCUGGAUCACCAGCCACGCACGGGGGGUGCCGCCCGGCGUGGUCCUGCCCACCUCAGCCUCACCGUCACCCUGCUUAUAAGUGCCAGACUAUGGGGGGGCACUCUCCUCUGGACCUGAAGCCCACACUCCCCCUGCCCUGGCUGGAUCCAGGGGAACCCUUUGCCCUUCCCUCGGCUUCCAGCGCUGCAGAAUUGCUGUGUGACCUCAGGCCAGUGUGGCGCCCUCUGUGGGUCUCAGCCAUCCCAGCUGUCAAGACACCUGUCUCACAGAGUUGCAGAACCAGAGGAGAAAAGCUGGAGAUAGGCUGCAGGCCAGCGGGAGAGGUCUUGUCACAUUAGUAUUGUUGCACCAUCGUUGUUAUUAUUAAUUAAUAUUUGUUUUAUUUAAUAUUUUAUACUGAAAUAAAGAUUUUUAUACCAGUGAACAAGGCCCGA